GCGCGCUGGUGUCUAGGGCGAUGGGCGGGGUGUGGACGCCUUCGCUAUGGCAGCCCGCGAUCUUUCUCAGUCUUGGGCUUCCUGACGCCUCCAGCAAGCGAGGUCUCUUGGGCCGGUUUCGCAGUCAUGUACCCACCGCCGCCGCCGGCGCCUCACCGGGACUUCAUCUCGGUGACGCUGAGCCUGGGCGAGAGCUACGACAACAGCAAGAGCCGGCGGCGGCGCUCAUGCUGGAGGAAAUGGAAGCAACUUUCAAGGUUACAGCGGAAUGUUAUUCUCUUCCUCCUGGGCUUUCUGAUUCUCUGUGGAUUCCUGUCUUAUCUCCAGGCGGCUGACCAGUGGAAAGCGCUGAGUGGCAGACCUGCAGAAGAACAGAAGGUGAAGCCAGAAGUCCCACCUGCCCUACCAGCGCCUCAGAAGGAAAGAGCUAAACCAGAAGAUUUUCCAGAUAUAGUCCCUCAGGUAUUUCCAGUAAAGGCUAUGUGGAGUUGUCACUGGGGUCUGUUCUGGAGCAUUGCAAGUAGGCAAGUAUUGCCCAGAGAGGCUGAAGGCUUUUCCACUAUCACACUCAACCUCACACUGGCUCAGUUGAGGCUGUCUGUAUAAAGUUGGGGAAAGAAGAAGCAGACACUUGCUUCAUUCUCUUGGCACACCACCGUGGUCC